GUGUGAAGAUGGCGGACGAGGAGGCCGAACAGGACCAUAGUCCUGAGAACUGUGUCAGUGAAACGAUCGGGGAACUCAGACUACGGUUGCAAAAACUGCAAGAAGUCUUGGUUAGAGACAGUGGAGAUUCCUCAACCCAAACCUCUGCUGAAUUUUGCCAAGAGUUUUGUACGACGCUGCUGGAGUAUGCAGGCCGCUGGAGGAUAGAGGAGGAGCCUUUGGCAUUGGUGGAAGUGUACAUAGUCGCUCUGCACAGUUACGCAAAAGCUUCUCCCUACCUCUCAUUGGAGUGUGGAAAUGUUCCUCUUGUGGUUGAGAAGCUUUCACUGAGUCUAUUAGAGCUUUUGCUCUCACUGAAGACAGAUGUUCCUGAUGUCUUAUGGCAAGAAUUCAAGUCUUCAGUGCAGUUUGCUUCCACUAAGCUGCAGGAGAAAGGAAUCUCCCAGCUGUCCCUGCUCUCUGCUCUGGGCCAGUAUGACGGUGUUUGGACCAACAGGACCCUGCAAGGAAUUCUCUCCAAAGAAAACCUCCAGACUGAACAAGUCGAGGAGUUCCUGGUGCAGGAGGGGCCGGUGCUGUUGGAGAUGAGGGUGAAGCAGCUGAUGAAGGAUGCUGAGCUGGAGAAGGCUGCACUGCUGGCACAGACGUGCUCCAAGUCCUCAGCCUUCCAAGGGAAGGGAACUUUCAAGCAGAUGUACCUCGUCUGCCUCUGUGCUACCUCAGAACAAGAGAAGCUGAUGGAAGAGCUAUCGAAAGAGGAUUGCCGCGAUGCAUUAGAGAUGAUCUGCAACCUGGAGUCAGACGGAGACGAGAGGGCCGCUCUCAGCCUGUGCUCGGCCUUCCUGACCCGCCAACUUCUCCAAGGAGACACGUACUGUGCUUGGGAGCUCACUCUGUUUUGGAGCAAGCUGUUGAAGAGAUUGGAGCCGUCGGAGCAGGCCUUCCUCGACCGAUGUCGCCAGAUGUCCUUACUUUCCAAAAAUGUUUUCCACAUCCUGUUCCUCAUCAAGGUCAUCCAAUCAGAGUUUGACAGCGUUGGACUUCCAGUGUGCAUCGAGAUGUGCAUAAGGGCUCUGCGAAUGGAAUCUGAUGACGGAAACACCAAGGCCACUGUGUGUAAAACUAUUUCCUGCUUGCUUCCCGCUGACCUGGAAGUGAAGCGAGCCUGCCAGCUGACAGAGUUCCUCCUGGAGCCGACAGUGGAUUCAUACUAUGCCGUGGAGACUCUUUACAAUGAACCAGAUCAAAAGGUAGAGGAAGAGAAAAGGCCCGUUCCAAACUCACUACGCUGCGAGCUCCUGCUAGUUUUCAAAACCCAGUGGCCUUUUGACCCGGAGUUCUGGGACUGGAAAACACUCAAGCGGCAUUGUCUUGCACUCAUGGGGGAAGAAGCUUCAAUAGUAUCAUCCAUAGACUUGUUAAAUGAUACAGAGGACCCUGAAGAAGAGGACGAUUUCAGUCAGGGUUUUACGAAUAUCCCCGACCACUUAGUCAGUGGUACCUAUGAACUGAAGGAUGUGAAAGACAAGAAACAAAAAAAACGAGAGAUGAAGAAACUGAGAGAAGAAGGCUUCAUAUCUGCCAGGUUCAGAAACUGGCAGGCGUAUAUGCAGUACUGUGUGCUAUGUGACAAAGAGUUCCUCGGCCACAGGAUCGUACGCCAUGCACAAACUCAUGUUAGCGGUGGAGUAUACAGCUGCCCAAUAUGUGCUCAAACUUUUACCUCAAAAGACACAUUGCUUCCCCACGUAACAUCCCACGUGAAACAGUCGUGCAAGGAAAGGCUGACGGCCAUGAAAACAACCAAGCAACUGGCUGACCCUAAAACGGCUGCCCCUGUUAUUGCAGCAUUACAGGCCAAGCCAGAACUCAAACUGAAUGGUGGUUCCUUGAGGAAAAACGUGAGUUUGAACGCUAAUGUCAGAGUGUCUAGGCCUUCCAUAGAGGGCGAUGAAAAUGUAUGCCCUGUUGGAAAAUGUAAACGCAGCUUCAAAUUUUUCAAAAAUCUCAUAGCACACGUCAGAGCUCACGGGGACAAUGAGGAAGCUAUGAUUUUCCUCGAAAUGCAGAGCAAAAAGGUUGUUUGCCAGUACUGCCGCCGCCACUUUGUUAAUGUCACGCAUCUUAAUGACCAUCUACAAGUCCACUGCGGUGUGAAGCCUUACAUCUGUAUUCAGUUGAACUGCAGGGCAAGUUUUCUGUCCAACACUGAACUCUUUGUACACAGGAAAAUCCAUUCUGUUUUUAAGGCCCGAUGCAUGUUUCCAGAGUGUGGAAAGAUAUUCAACGAGGCCUUUAAACUCUACGACCACGAGGCGCAGCAUUAUAAAACAUUCACGUGUAAAUUUGCGGAUUGUGGAAAGGUGUUCCACUCGCGACAACAGCUGGACCUGCACCACGGGGCCCAUGCCACUCACAAAGAGGAAAGUACGUCUCCUGAACGGAUCUCACCGAGUACGGAGACUGGCCCUUCGCUCGUUGAGCAAAUGCUUUCCAAUAGCUCUCCCGUGAAGCAAGAGAAUUCCCAAGAAGACUGGAACACAGAGAGUGCAGUUGAUUCCAAUAAUGAAAGGCUGCCAGUUGCUAUUGAGAGUUUAAAAUCGUCAGAAGUUCCUGCGCAAACCUUAGGACUAAACACUGUAAAACACGAACCCACAUAUGUGCCAGUUUCCUCCACUAGUUACACACCGAGUUUGAAUAAUUCUGUGAUUCAGCCUUUGAGUUCCCAAUUGUCUGAUCCUAAAGGACAAAGACAUGGUUCGAGUGGCCAUUCUUUUGACAGUAUGAGACCACCCCAGCAGCAUCAGCCAGUACCUCCAUUUAAAGCUAAUGUAUUCUCGCAAGCCCCGCUACAGCCACGGCCACAAGUGUAUCCCAGUCCUGUAAAUUCAGCUUUCCAAACUGGCGGCAACUUAACAUUGCACGUACAGCAAGGGACAAUCUGUAGUAGCAACCUGUUAACAUUAGCGCUGGCUGAAAAACCCAUACAGCCAGCCAUGUCCCAACCACUUCCUUCAACACUAGCCCCUCAGCCACUACCUGGGAACAGAUCAGAGAGCUCUGUGACUUCCUCCACUAGCACAGGGCCCCUUCCAGGACAGAGAGAGCGCUUUCACUGUGCAUUUGAAACAUGUACAAGGCACUACAGCUCCCCAAAAAGUGUUGCCAAGCACAUGAAAGCAGUUCACACGGAGUUCUAUGAGAAUUGGAAGAAAAAUCGAACUAAAAUCAAGAUAACCUACACUGCGGCACCCAGCACAUCAUCUGUUGGACAUCUCAGUUCAUUUGUGCCAGUUCAGAACCAGCAGGGCAACGGAGGACCUGUUUUUGGGGUUCACAGGCAGAACGUUAUCCGGUCACCUUCUUGUAUUAAUCUGGGUGCUCGCUUAAACUGCACUACUUUACACUCCCAUUCCUCACCUGCUCAAUACCAGAAUGCUUCACUCCUAAUGGAAAAUGUUUUAAAUCCUAUUGUUGUCUCUCAGCUAAGAAGUGAUACAAAUCCAAUAAGUGCACAGGCCCAGGUUGCAGUUAAUCAAAAUUGGAACUUAGUCCCUGGAACUAAAAUUCCAAACUUCGGCUCCUCCCAAGUCUAUCCCUCUAACACACAAGUGAUGUCACAAGUCAAUUCUACCAGUGCUGCUCUGUCUUUUAGUGUCCCAUCCUGCUCCAUAAUUGGCUCCCCCAUAAACAGAGCUGCACAGUUAAUGCCGUCUCAACUUAUGGAAAACGUGAAAAAUGUCUCUAAACAAGCAGAGGACCUUAUUUUGCCACAUGCUUCACACAUCUCUGGUUCCAGGACACCAGAACAAACUAAAUCAAUGCAGAACUAUCUGCAGUCUCAAUUUCCCUCUUUAGACAAUGCAAGCCAAAUCCACAGUAACAACCAACCUCAAAAUGACAUCGUCAUCUCUGAAAACAAUCCUGAAAAUCCAAAGCGAGCCAGAAGGAGCAGAAGGACCAAAUGGCCAGCUAUUCUCAGAGAUGGCAAAUUUGUUUGUUGCAGGUGUUUUAGAGAAUUCAAUAGUCCAAAAUCUCUCGGAGGCCAUUUGUCCAAGCGUACAAUCUGCAAACCAUAUGACGAGUCAGCGCUGAACACAGACCUGCCAUCAUCAUUUCUUGACUUUCUCAAUCAGCCACAGUCAUCGUCCAGUCCCGCUGCUGUCUAUCAAGAGACGCCUGCGCAGUCAGCAGCACAUGUUCCAACAGCUGAAAAGGUCUACCCCGCCUCUACACAUUCAAAAAGUACAUUUUCUGAAUAUGAGAAUGGUGUGUCAAAUGAUGACAUUCUUAAGCAAAUCAAAGCUGAAUCCAAUAUGACAGAUCUGUUUGUGAGCACUCCUGCUUCCCAGUCAUUGUUUCAAAACUCUUGUGUGUCCUUUCCAGCGGGUGAACGCUUGCCAGGGAGCUCAGUCAUACAGCACACAGAGAAUAUCCAGAUGAAGCAAGAGGACAACUUGUUUAAUGCAACCCAUUAUCCUGAUGCAUUUGCUGGAAGUGAAUUCCCAGACCCAUUCCUCUCUCAAAUUCUCACAGAAAAUGCUGACAAACCUGUUCAUACACCAGAUCCUAACUCAGUGAUGAAAACGCUGUUACCUGAUAGUCCGCUCAGUCCAUCCACAAGCAGCAGGCAGGCUGAGACGCAAAGUAAGACAACUGAUCAAGAUAUUAAAAAGAGACUGCGGGAGCAGAUUUUAGCUGGCGACUUUCAACGCAGAAACACCAUAGGCCAUUCAAUCAACACUGACACUAAUGCUAACUCAAAGAGUCCCAUGACUUUUGGCCCAAUGUGCAAUCCUUCUGAUAAUUAUGGACUUAAUCCAAUGUUUUGCGAUGCAAAUAGUGACUCGGCUAGUCUAGGAGAAAUCAUGCUAGAGAACUGUACAAUCAUCCCAGGAACCACUGAUGAAAUCAAACAACUACUGAACACACAGAGCUUUAGUGGUUUCAGAGAGUCCUCCACACCUCAGCAGGAGGUACUAAACCCCACAAGCGGCGUUGCUAAUUAUGCAGAUCUUGACCCAACACCGUUAUCUGCGAACCAGUACCAGCAGAUGACAGAAAUUCAGGGUGCAUUUGAAAAGCUCGACUUGAUCAGAGAUAAAUCUAAUCAGGUGUUGGCGCCAGUGAAACAAUGUAGCAAUAUUAAAGUCAACACAGGAUCCUCAACGGUCUUCGUCAAGCCUUUUGCUUGUGAGAAUAAGCCCUGCACAUUUAGCUCAAUGUCAGGUGACGCGCUGUGGAGACACCUCUCCAAAUCUCACAACUACACACUGGAUAUGGUGAAUGUGGUUAAAAAGAGGUACGGCCAAUAUGCUCCUUUCAAGUGCCAUUGUUGUCCAAAGAGAUUCACUCGUAACUCAAACCUCCGCGCUCACUUCCAGUCGGUUCACAAGUUAACUCUUAAAGAAAUCGCAGAUCUAGAUAUGUUGCGCAGAGAGACCAAAUCUGCCACAUCUGCCACUGUUCAAACACAUGUUUCUCCAGCAGCUCAAACCACAAUGCCUCCUCAUCAGGCUCACACCACAAUGCCUCCUCAUCCAUCAGUGGAGAAAAGACCACCUCUGUAUUCACUUAAAGAUUCUGUGAAACUCAACACCCCAUUAAAGGCAUUUGUAUCACUUACUAACAUUAAUGUAACUAAUUUUAAAUAUCAAGAUGACAACCGCUCCACAGUCAUCCAACCCCUGCAAACUGCUCCCAUCCACAAUCAAGCAACGACCCCACCAGCAGACACUCAAACAUCAGCCUUCCAGUCAUUGCAAGCUGGGACAGCAGCACCACAGCUGCCAAAUGAUCCGCAAAGAAACUUGCCCAAGAUGCCCACUCAACACCCACAAGUUCAACCCCGUUUGCCCAAAGUAUCACCUCUUCUCACUCAGGCAUUAUCUGCCACGCCGCUAGCUAAUGGGCCUCCAUCGCUCGACAAACUGUCUGCUGUCAACAGGCCGUCAAUCGUCAAGCCAACUAUAUACAGAACCAAGAAGACAAAAAAGAAAAAGCCCAAAUCGGGGGAUGCCAUGAGUCCGUACAGACCAUAUUGCUGCGUUCAUCAAGGUUGUGUGGCAGCCUUCACCAUCCAGCACAAUCUGAUCCUCCACUACAGGGCUGUUCACCAGUCUGCUCUGUCAGCAUUGGAGGUGAAUAAAGAGCAGGACCAGAGUGAGGAACUGCAGGAUUUAAUGGAUCUUGAUGAUGAGGAGGAGGAAGAGGAGGAGCAAGAGGAAGAGAUCUCACACAUGUCUGAAUUCAGAUGUCAAGUUAAAGACUGCUCCAGAGUUUUCCAAGAAGUGCCCCACCUUUUGCAGCAUUAUCUUCAGCUGCAUGAGUUCAGCCUCGACAAGGUUGGCAACAUCUUGUCCAAUAUCAAGCUCGGCAAGUUCACUUGUAGCCAACCAGAAUGCACAGCAACAUUCACCGCUUUCUGGAAGUAUAUCGCACACGUCAAAGAACAGCAUAAAGAUAUGAAGUUGGCCAAACCUGAUCCUAAUGUCUCAUUCAAAUGUGAAGUUGAAGGCUGUGACCGCUCAUAUGCCACAAAGUCAAACCUGCUCAGACAUGUCAUGAAAAAGCAUAAUGACCUGUACCAGGAUAACCUCAAGAAUCAACAGAUAAAGGAAGACGGGAUGAAACGGAACUCUAAGACUCCGAGACUACAUUACGAAAUUACAAAGACCAGUAAUGGGAAGGAAAACAUUGAGAGCAAUAAAAAGAUCCUCCAGAGGGGGGGUGAGUCCAAGAGGGACAAGGCAAAAAGUAAUCACUGGACUAAAUAUGGAAACCCCUCCUUGAAAUCGAAAGUGGAAGCAUCUUCAAUGUGCACCAAGAGAUUUCCCCUACAAUACCCCUGUAUGAUUAAAGGCUGUGAUUCAGUCAUGAAAUCAGAACGGAGCAUACUAAAACAUUACAUGGGACACGGACUGUCAGAAAAGUAUCUUGAACAGCAAAGGAGUCACUUCAUAUUCUGCAAAAAGUUUCCCAGGCAGAAGUGCCACUCCAUCAGGAGUGACGAUUCCAAAUCAGACAACACCUCCGACCUGUCGGACAUCGAGGGGACAUCAGACACUGGCCUGGGCGUAGGGGAAUAUGGAAGUUCAAAGCCUGUACUACGCAAAAGGACCAUCGCAGACUCCCCUGUUGCAUUGUUCGACACAAAAUUAUCAACCGAGGAAAGUUCUGAUGGCUCUGUGAUGCUCAAACGCAAACGAGGUCGCCCACGUAAACUGGAGGGCAAGGCGGUGAAACGCAAGAAAAUCCCCCGCACCACCAAGACUGAGGUACUUUACAGCAGAGACGAUGAGUCAGACUCCUCUUGCCCCGCAGUGAUGCAUGACGAGACUGCUCCCCUGGCCUCUUUCAAACCGAUGGGCUUUGAAAUGUCUUUCCUAAAAUUCCUGGAACAGUCAAAAAAAAGCAAUCAUCCCUUGUUGAGGAAGGUGGACGGUUCAGAGUCGUGCAGAAAUACCUCCAGCACCUGCGUCAGGUUUAGCAACCGGCAGACUUUGAAAUCACUUAGUAAGGUCAGAAUUGUAAUAGACGGGGCCUUUUCAGGGGUCUCUGACCUUAUGUUGAAACAGCUGCAAGACAUGCGGCCCACAGUGGUAUUGUGAGAAAAUAGCUGUUUUUUUUUGUGGGUUUUGUAAAGCAGAAUCUCAGGAGUAGGAUGAGUCAAUCUGCUGCAGACUGCUGCCCGACAUAUUAGAUAUUUUCUACAAAUCAAAUAACAAAUGUUUUUUUCAAUGAUACUGUAUUAUCUGUAAAAUGUCUCUUUUUUUAUGGAAAAAAAAUAUAGCAUGUUUUUAUUUAUGGACUACUAUGUCAAGAAGUUACCUGAAACUCAGACGACAUUUGCUGUCUUAAUGAUCCCUGUGGGACUUCAGAAAAAUAGACUCUGGAACGGAUUGUAUUGUUGUGUGUAGUUUGUGAUUUGGAGAUGUUGUUGUGUGUUGGUUAAUAGUCUGAUAUCACCCACUGCCACCAGCAGUCCUGUUAUUAAAUGAACACUUUUCUACAACCA